AUGACACAAGAAGACCCAGGUGUUAUGAGGAUAAUCAACGAAGCUGGAGUGGUCAAACCUAGCCUGUACCGGCUGGUAGACGGUUUCCAGGUCAAGCUGUUCGACAUCUUCCUCAGUCUUCGCGCCACGCCAUCGCCGUUGCCGCUUGGGGAAAAGACCACGGCGAGAGACCGGGCCGACCGCAUCGCCACGUGGCAGACCAAGGCAGCCCAGGCCUUUGAGCAGGUUCUCGAUUUGAGACUGAUGAUGGAGCAGAGCGUGUGUCCGUACAGCUUCCGCUGGGCAGAACUGGAAGACAAGUUCGACAAGUCGUGGAUGGCGUCGGCGCAUGAAGACUACCAGCCACCCGAUCAAGGUACCCCGGUCUUGGUCAGCCUGCGUCCAGCCAUCUACAACUGUUCGAGGAGGAAGAGGGCCGAGCCCUCGCUCAUCAUCCCGGCGUUGGUCAUGCUGGAGGGAUUCGGUGCUUCUGAUCGUUGCAAAGUCGACUCGGGCGCCAUCCGCGCGAUCCCACGGUCGUGA